AAUACAAUUUAUCUUUUUUAGAGGCGUGUCUGAACGCGGCCCCAAUGUCGAGGUUGUGACGUCACGUGUAAACAACGCUGGGAGGGGCACUGCAGGAGAGCUGCUCGGGAUUGACGUCUUUUGUUGAGUGUAAGGUGAGUGUGUGUGUAUAUGUGUGCCACCAUGGCCAGCCUGGACCUGGACCCAAUGUUCCGGAGGGGUCUACGGCUCCUCCACUCCAGAAACCGGGACUCCGUGGAGCAACUCAAGGCCAUUGUGGAUGAGGCAGUGAGGCAGCGGCAGGGCAAGACAAUUCCCCCCAUGAGUAAGGACCCAUUCAGUCUGCGGCGAGAAUCUCCAAUACCACGGUCCAAGCCAGGGAGUCCCAUUCCAGUUUCCUUCUCAAAGAGGGAGGAAUUCAAGAAAGAUAUGGAGAGAAAGAUUCGAGAUGAUGAAAUGCUGAUGCCCAAGAGGCCUCGGCUGGACUCACCAAGUGCGUUUAAAUCCCAUACACCUUCACCCACCCCCAGCUUAAAGUCUGAAAGUUCUUCACGCAGCCGUAAAUCUGAUGAGAGUGACUCAGACACAGAUGUAGCAGGGCUGGCAGAGAUUAUGGAUGAAAUCAACUGCACUGUUUGCAAGAGCUUUGAUGUUUCUCCUCGUAAUCGGCUGGUGGAGUGCCAGGAGUGCCAUGCCCUGUACCACCAGGAGUGUCACAAGCCACCCGUCACUGACCAGGACGUCAAUGACCCACGUCUUGUGUGGUACUGUGCCAAGUGUACCAAGACACUGAAGAAACAGACUGCGAUUGUGAGCUCAUCAAGCAGCAGUAGCCUAAGUGGGCCACGAGGGGUAGGUGGUGGAGGACUGCCAGGUAUUGUGGGAGGGAGCAAGGCAUCGCACACCCGCCCUGCCCCCUCACCCACCAAGAACCUUAACCUCCCUCGACCUUCACCUUUUACUAAUCUUUCAUCUGCUUCAGGCAGAAGCUUAGUGUCCAGCAGCAGCAGCAGUAGCAGCAACAGUAACAAUGGGAGCAGCAAGCAGUCCCUUUCUUCAUCAUCAUCUGGCUCAGCAUCUUCAUCAGCCAAGUCGUCUGUGCCAUCAAAUUCAAUGAAAUUUGCUGAGAGAAGGAUGCAUAUGAUGAAGAAGAAAGCAGCAGCAAAGAUGGCUGAGAAGAGGAAACUGUAAAACAGUACUUAGUAGUGUCAUUAGGAAGGCGUGUGUUUGAUGCCAGUGCCAGUAUUGUCUCCAAAGAAUGUGGCAUGACUGUUUCCUGUUACUUUAUAAUGAUGCUGGAAAUAUCUUGCAUCUAAUGUUUUCCUGCUGCAGUUCUUUUGUGUGUAAAAAAAAAUGAAUGAAAAAAAAACAAACAAAAAAAACACAUACUGUACAAUGAAAAACUGCAGGAAAAAUUAAACCCUUUGGUCUAAGCAUUCCACCCCACACAGUUGUCAUAGUUAUCACCUUCCCUGCAGGCUAUGCUUUCAUUACAAGUAUAUAUACUCGUAUAUGUAUAUCUUGUAGUCAAUAUUACCGUAUUACAAAUAUAUGUGUGUAUGUAUAUAUUUGUGGUAUCAUAAAAAAAAAAAUGGUAUCUAAAGAAUAAUUUCUGAAUAUUCAAGAAGCAACUUUGAACAAAUGUUUUAACAACUUGACAGUCCUAGUUAAUAUGGAAUCUAGAUUUUGACAGGUAUGGUUAAAAUAAACUAUUCUGUACAGAACAUGCAAGAAAUAGUUUUCAUUGCUGCAGUGCCAGAAUUGACUUCUUGGGCUGUUUUUAAAGCUUGGCUUUUUGUCAUUUGUACCUAAGGGAAAGUUUUUAAUACAGGUGGGGAAGAUAUACAUUUUAUUAUCUGCAUGAAUGCAUGAAGUAAAGCCAAGAAAGUUUUGAUAGUCAUGAAUUUAACACUUGUAAGAUAGAGAUGUGUUUUAAUGUAUUUGAGGAAAAUUAUUGAUAUAUACAUAUCCAAGCAAACAAAGAUAGUACAUAUUUAAAAAAAAAAAAUAUUGUGUAAAAAUUAUAGUAAAAGAAAAUACUUUG